AAAGCCUCCAGCCUCAGCAGCUGAUGAGAGGAGCCCAGCCCUCUGCUGCUCUCAGGCUUCACAUCACGCGCGCAGCUCGAUGAUGAGGAAGAUGUGGAUGGAGCUGUCAGAGGGAUCUGCACAGGUGUGUGCGCGAGAUUCAUAGAUACACACCUGAUGAAACACUCAAACCCGAGCAGAAGCGCCUCUCUCCCACUCAAGAUGGAUAUUUGAUUGACCUCACAGAAGUGCAUGGACGCUUGAGAUGCAGGCCGUCACUGAUCCAGCACGCAAGUCUUUGGAGCUUUAGUCCUGGGCAGAGGGAUCCUCCUGACUGAGGGAGAGACUGCAGGAUGGAGUUGGAGCAUUACCUGGACGCUCCGUCCAAUGCCACCAACACCACCGCCACCCCGGGAUCAGCCUUCGGCAUGGAGCUGCUGACGGAGCGGCUGGCCGUGGUGGCUCUGUUGGCGCUGGUGGCGUUGCUGACAGCCGUGGUGAACGGCGCUGUCAUCGCAGCCAUCUACACCACCAAGAAGCUCCACCUCCCUGCAAACUACCUCAUCUGCUCCCUGGCCGUCACUGAUUUCCUGGUGGCCGUGCUGGUGAUGCCCAUCAGCAUCCUCUACAUCACCACCGAGACCUGGCUGCUGGGGCCGUUCGUGUGCGAGGCGUGGCUAAGCGUUGACAUGACCUGCUGCACUUGCUCCAUCCUGCACCUGUGUGUGAUCGCGCUCGACCGCUACUGGGCCAUCACUAAAGCUAUUGAGUACGCCCGCAAGAGGACGGCCCGGCGCGCCGGCAUCAUGGUGGCCACCGUCUGGCUCAUCUCCAUCUUCAUCUCCAUUCCGCCUCUGUUCUGGAGGCAGCGCGGGGACGGGACUGGCCCGCAACAGUGCAUUAUCGAGCACGAUCAUGUGGGAUACACCAUCUACUCCACAUUCGGUGCUUUCUACAUCCCCAUGACUCUCAUCCUCAUCCUGUACUCCAAGAUUUACAGCGCCGCCAAGACGCUGUACCAGAAGCGCGGCUCCUCUCGCUACCUCAGCAGCCGCAGCACCGACAGCACCAACACGCUGAACCACUGCCGCGUCAAGCAUGCCUUCUGCGUCUCCAGCUCUGACCACACAGCGGAGUUCGACCGCAACCACACUGCCGUCCGCGCGCCGCUCGACAUGGAGACUCUGGAGCUGGACGAGAGGAACCAGAUCUGCACGUCUCGGGAGAGGAAGGCGGCUCGGAUUCUGGGGCUCAUCCUGGGAGCCUUUAUCCUGUGCUGGCUCCCGUUCUUCCUAAAAGAGCUGCUGGUGGGAUUGAAUGUGCCCAACCCCUCGCCUCAGGUGUCCGAUGCACUCACCUGGCUGGGAUACAUCAACUCGCUGAUUAACCCGCUACUGUACACCAUCUUCAACGAGGACUUCAAGCAGGCUUUCAAGAGACUGUUCAGGUGGAAGGAGCACACAUAAGCCCCUUUCACACGUACAUACUUUACUGGAAAAUUACCGGUAAAUUGACGUAAGGAGAUCAUGUGUGAACAGGCCCUUUUUAAAAAUAGCUGUAAGUUCGUUCCGGCAAUUUACCGGUUGGAGAAGUUGUAACAUUACCAGAAAAUUGCUGGAAGGAUGCUGUGCGUGAACACAGAAUGAAGAUUGCCGGUAUUAGCAGGAAUGAGUUCAGAAUGCGCUCACUGACUGAAGACCAGUGCUGGGCAGGUUUCUAUGGAAAGGUUACAGAUUACAAGUUACCCUAUUUACAAUGUAAUAAUAGUGUAACUUUUUCAAUUACUUUAUUAAAGUAAAAUAACUGAUUACUUUUGAUUACUUUUCAAAAUUUCUAAUUAAUGUUAUCAACUGUUAAUCAUUUUGAAACAAGUAAAGCAGCAGGGUUAACCUCACAGUAGUGCUCAACACUGAUUACUGUCAGACUUUCACAAUCCUUCAUCACUUAAAUUAAGAUGAUAAUGAAAAAUAUUUCAGACUUUAGUACCGCCUUUUACUUUGAGAUUGAUCUGAAGUUGAAACCGAUGUGUGAAUGGUGCUUUACGAGAAAAAAGACAGAACACCAUUGCCUGUGAAGAGCACAUUUUUGAAUUUACUGGUAAAGUCGUUCCGGUAAUUUUACAGUAAUUUACUGGUAUUACUGUGUGAAAGGGGCUAUGGACACGCAUCCGUUCGUGGGCAGCAGCUUCAUUUGGUUCAGGACAUUCUAGAGCUCCAUACGUCUCUCGUAAGUCUAGCAGUAGUAUGGAAAACACAUGGCGCAGGAAGAGCUGAUUACAUUGUUUUAAUAAAAUCCAAUGAAGAUCCACUGCCUGCUUUUCUACAGCACCGUAUCAUCAGAUUACUGAGCAAUGAUGUGAAAUGGCUUGACAAGUGUACCAAUGCACUUCCUGUUCAAACAAGAGGUUUGGGUGGGACACAUCCUAAGGGCUCGUCUUGUGCUUUUUUAUGUAACCAAUAGGCUUCAAGUCAUGUUUAUAGAUGGGUGGAGACAUGCUCAUGGUAGGGAGCAUCUGAUUGGUCAAAAUCAGUGUAGUCAUCCACAUUUAAUUUUCUGCUUUUCAGGUAAAGAAAGACUAUAAAAUACUCAUAAUACUAGUAACUCCAGUAAUGUAACUCCAGUACAUUAACUCUUUCCCCUCCAAACACAUAAUUUUUCAGGUUUCUGCGUUCUCAUUGUUAUACACUAGGGGGUGCUAUUGUGCAUCUCCUGAAUGAGUCUAGAAUCACUCGAUCAAAAACACAGGUGAGGAAGCCGCAAAAAUUAGCAAUCUUUUAUGUAAGCAUAUGCAUAUGAGAAAAUAAUGCAACCAUCAACCGCAUAUAAAUGAAAACUGCCUUAUGUUAGCGAGUGAAAUGUCAAUCCAGAAAGUGGUAAAGGCCUGUGCAAGCUUUGGGAGCACUGAUGGAAGCCAUCUACUGCAUCUUUGCUUUGAUAAUGUUACUGAAUAUGAUCCAGAUUUCAUAGAAGUGUGAUUUUUCUCAGCUUUUUACUCAAAAUGUUGUUUUUUUUAAUGAAUUUUUAGUGAAAAUUAUCAAAAAUGCUGGCAGUGGCUGGCAUCUUUAUUCAAAAACGCUGUUGGGGAAAGAGUUAAUAGAGCUCAAAACCAUUAAGGCAACUGAUUACCUUCAUUUUUUAAAACGAAUGAACUUUAAGUUUAAACAUUUGGAUUACAUGCAGAGUUGUUGGGUCUGUAUAACAAAAACAACACAAAAUUCAUUAUCUAGAACAGUUUUAUCAUUGGCAGAAUGUAAAAUAUUACAAUACAAGCAUUUUAGUCAAAUAUAAUUGAUGCAAUACUGUAUGUCAAUCCUUUUAACACAUAAAAAAAGUCAGCACGCUAGUAAUUAGACAUUUCAGUCACUAGAAUUAAGUCAACAGAUUUUUUUAAGUACACAGAAGUGUGCUUUUAAGUUAACUGUACUCAAUAUUUAUUACUCUCUUUUGUAAUUAUUUUUUAUUGCACAUACCUCAAACACAUUAUUAAACUCAAAAUCCUGUGUCUCGAAAUGCAUUGCUUUAAAUACAAUGAGCACAACAAACUCCAGUGGUCUUCAGCUGAACAGUAUCCUCUUCAUGUUCCCAUCAUGCACUGCAGCUGAAACGGAUCAUGAUAAUUACUGAUUGACCGCUUUACUGUUUAUGUAGUUGCAGUGAUGCUGUUGUGUCUGUUGUCCUUGUGAGUUAUGUGUUACCAAGCUACAAAAUCUGUCACUGGGGCAGUAUCCUUUCAAAAGGCACGCAUUUGUACCUAAUUUACCCCAAAAGGCUGCAUAUUAGUACCUUAAUGGUACAUAUUCACACCUGCUCCAGUAAGUUUUUUUCUGAGCAUUGCUAAAUUUACAAGUAAACUUAAAGAGACAAGUUCAUUCAAUUCAAAAGCAAUAGAAAGUUCUGUGCUCAUCGAGGUAAUACAAUCUUCUCAUACUCAGUACAAUAAAUUAGUUUGAGCACUAGGGUUUACAGUGUGAGCUAAAAGUCCAUUCCACAUUAUAAAUGUACAAACCAAACCAAAAGCAUCCCCCAGGUCUCAGCGUGAUGAUGAUGUACUGACAGUGUCUGCUCAGAAGAUGCUCAGUGUUGGACUGGGGCUUAACCACAGACACAAAGAGUGAGCAGAGACUGAGACACUGAGAUAUUUCACACUGCUGGGUUUAUAGAGAGAAGAGGCUAAACACUGGACAUCACCUGCUAAAGUCUGGAGUAACUUGGAGUUUUUAAUGUUUUUGAAAGAUGUCUCUUCUGCUCACCAGGGCUGCAUUUAUUUGAUUAAA